UCGUCACGUUGUUGCCUUGUGUUCACAGAAAGGUGUCAUGUGACACUCCUUAACGCGAGCAGAAACACCAGACAGAAGAGUUAGGGUUUUUUAAAGAAAUAAAAAUAUCUAUAUUUCAGAGGGUUUCAAUUCCCUCGUAUAUAAAAGCGAAGAGGGAGAAAGCGGAAGUCUGAGUGAGCUCGAGCUGCGAUGGGGUGCUGUUACAGCAGCGAGAGCGAAACACCCGAACAGGAUGGAGACGAGCGCAAGCCGCUGAUCCCGCACCCGAACCCGGACAGCAAACCGCCAAACGGGACAGAGCGGAACCCGGCCAACAUCUCGUCCACCCGCACAGACGAGCAGGCUCUGCUGUCAAUCAUCAACAAGACUGCACAAAACAUUAUCGAUGUAUCAGCUGCAGACUCACAGGGAAUGGAGCAACAUGAGUACAUGGACAAAGCCAGGCAAUACAGCACGAAGCUGGCAGUGUUAAGCAGUACUCUGAGUCAGAAGAAGCCGCCUCCUCUGCCCUCCCUCACCUCCCAACCUCACCAAGUACUCGCUAGUGACCUAGUGCCCUACUCCGACAUCCAGCAGGUGUCUAAAGUGGCAGCGUACGCCUACAGUGCCAUCUCACAGAUCAAGGUGGACGCCAAAGAAGAGCUGGUGGUGCAGUUUGCUAUCCCAUGAUUCUCCUCUGUCUUGCUCUCUCCACCCCCCUCUCUCUUUCCUCACCCUCUUUUUUUAGCUAACUAAUUGAUCAGAGACGAUAAGCUCUGCCUCUUGCUUGUCCCUCAUCCGAUCUGACCCAACUCCUUUGAACUCAAAAAGCUAGUUCGGUUGUCCCUCAUCCAAUCAGAGGUGUUUUUUUCUUCUUCUUUAUUAACUUCUUCAACUAAUGCUAAAGGUAAACAGGGAGACCUUUGCAUUGCAGCGUGUCAGGGUUCAGUGCAGUUAGCUGAAAGUUGGAGAGCAAAGCCGUGCUGUCAUUUCGUUCCAGUUCUUUGACACUUUGUAUGUAAAAGGCUGAUGCUAUAAACUUAAUCUUCAUCUGUGUUGCCUCGUCCAAUCAGAUGCAUCGGUUUUCCUCCUCAAGAUUCCUCGUGCUAAAGCAAAAAGAUUAAUCUAGUCUAAUACCCCUGCUGUCUUUUCAGUCACUGGGACCCACAGCUGCUUCUCCAUUAACUUUUCCAAUAAACCCACCAGGUCUCAAGCACUGACGGUUUGUUUGUUCGUGUGUAUGUUGUGACAGUUGGUGUUUGAGCAUAUUUUCUUCCUGAAAAGUCAGACUCUAUUUUGCCAUUAUUACAAUUUUUUGUUCACCUCCCAGUUCCCACUCACAUACCCCGUCAUACAACAGCCACCAACCAGAGAAGGCGAAGACUAACACAAGCAUAACGCACAAAAGCGCAGUCCGCCCUCUUCCCCGUGCAUGAGCUCACAGAUACCCGUGAUUGGCUGGUGUCACUGUGAUUGACAGGCGAGAGGACUGGGUUGGGGUUUGAACUUGCAAGCUUCUGACAAUAGGACAAACAUUUUUCUUUUGCCUCUCAGAAACUCUUUAUAGUCCAUGAGAAUGUUCUUAUCACUCCAUCUUCAUUAGCAUAGGGGGCAGGACAAGCAAUAUGCAUUUUUGAAUAUUCCUCAGAGUCAGAACUGAUGAACAUUGUCAUAAAGUUAGGUGAAGCAGAGGCUGUGAAUUUGGGUGAUGUGACAACACGAGGAGGGCGGGGUUUACUAAUGAAUAUUCAUGAGACGAAAUCAUUAUGCAUACAUUAUGCUUGCUUCAUGCUUUGCCACAAAUAUUUUGGAUUUCACACAAACGGAAAGGAAGAAGACGGUGCACAAAGAGAGAGGGCGGAGUCUUUUUUUUUAGCGAAUGUUAAUUAGUACGGACAGAGAGGGGGAAGCUGAUUUGGAUAUUGCUUAAGGGUCAUGCCUUCAUUAGCCUACUCACGAAGAACCAGGUAGUAGAUGGAGGAAGGAGCCUUUUCUCUGAUGGAUGAUUUGCUGCAAUGAUUUAUUUUUUUAUUUUUUUUUUUAAUAUUCUUACAAGCGUUCCUGAAAUGUUUAUGGGUUUAUUCGUAAUAAAUUAUAUUAAAACUGUUGAACAGCAGAGAGGAGGUGGGCGGUCGUUUACAGAGAGAGGGGGCGGGGCUGAAACUGGCUAUUUGAUGUAUAUGAUUUUCGGCAUGUAUAUGCCUUUAACAUGCAGUGUGUGUGUGUGUGUGUGAGGGAGAAAAUUAAGAUGCAGUGCGCGAGGAGAAGCGUGCUUUACACAUCAGUAGCCGAUGUUUUUAUUCAGAUUAGCGCAUGCACUUUUAUGCUGCCUGAUCAGACGACAUUAUUAUGCACGUGCCAAUAAUCCGAUCUAAUAUUGCGAUAACAUUUUAUUCAAUUUAUCAAUUCCUAAUAUCACUGGGCUGUACUCAUAUAAUCAUAUGGAAAUACUGAUAGAAUCACUGAUGAUGGGAAAUUACGUAUCAUUUAAUGGCUUUUUAUUAAAGGUUACUGGCACAUGCGUAAUCCCCAUGAAGGACAUCACAGACUGUUGGACUUCCUUUCCAUAAUCAGAACCUGAUUGUAAUUAUUUAUUUUUUUUUUUCCUUUUAAUGUAUUUAUGUGGGCUGACGCACACGUGUGCGUGAGUGUGUGUGUGUAUAUACACUUUCACCAUGUCACAAAAGGGACUGAACACACUGUAGCGGUUGUGUUUUUGUUUAUUUAGCUUUGUUGCUCUCGGCUUUCUUUUGUUCUGUUCAUGCAACUCACAGCAUUGGUUUUCAUAGCCUAGAACCAAAUUGUUUGAUUUCAAUACUGUUAAUACUUGCCUAUGUUUUUUUUUUUUGUUGUUGAAAUGAAGCAUUAAAGACUUGUAUAAAGAAUUA